GACCUAGCUCCGGCCCUUCAGGCCCGCCAUGGCAAAGGAUUUUCAAGAUAUCCAGCAGCUGGACUCUGAGGAAAAUGACCAUCAGCUCAGUGGCGAUGAGGAACAAGGCACUCAUGGGCAGAAUCCUAGGACAGAAAAUCCAUUUUGGAAAGGGCAGCCUCCUUUCCCACCCUUUCCACAGAGCCUUGGCUUCAGGCUCUACCUCAAUGUGUUUGCCCUGGCCUUCAAUGUCCUGCUGCUGGUGGUCAUCUGUGUGAUUUCAUCCCAAAGCAUGCAGCUGCAAGAGGAGUUUUGGACCCUGAAAGAAAGUUUCAGCAACUUCUCCUCCAGCAUCCUGAUGGAGUUCAGGGCUCUGGAUUCCCAUGGAGGUAGCAGAGAUGACACAUUGAUGUCCUUGGUAGCCACAUUGGAGAAAAAGCAACAGGACCUGAAAACAGAUCACUCCACUUUGCUCCUGCACCUGAAGCACUUCCCACUGGAUCUGCGGAUCCUAACCUGUCAGCUGGCAUUCCACCAGAGCAAUGGCACAGAAUGCUGUCCAGUUAACUGGAUGGAACAUGGGGGCAGCUGCUACUGGUUUUCUCGGGUGGGGCUGACCUGGGCUGAGGCUGCUGAGUACUGCCAGCUGGAGAAUGCCCACCUGGUGGUUAUCAACUCCUGGGAGGAGCAGAAAUUCGUUGUGAAGCACACGGGCUCGUUUCACACUUGGAUAGGUCUCACUGACAGGGAUGGCUUCUGGAAAUGGGUGGAUGGAACCGAAUACAGAAGCAACUACAAGAACUGGGACUUCACUCAGCCAGAUAACUGGCAGGGCCAUGAACAGGGUGGAAGUGAGGACUGUGUUGAGAUCUUGUCAGAUGGGCACUGGAACGACAACUUCUGCCAGCAGGUGAACCGCUGGGCGUGUGAAAAAAGGCGCAACAUCACCCACUAGGAGCCUGCUCUGCCAUGGUCUCUCCCCCACCCCCCACCCCCCUGCAUCACUGGGGUAAUGGGAGAUGUGAUUCUGUAAAUAUGGUUUUCUUAUUGGUUAAUGAAUAAAGCCCUGUUGGCCAAUAGGGAAGCAAGAUAGGCAGGACUAGAAGACAAGGAGGAUUCUGGAAGAUAUAGUACAGGGGAGUCAAGAUGUAGGGACUUGAGAGAAGUUUGGACCCUCUCUCCAGUAAGAUAAGACCACAUGGAAACAUUUAGAUUGAUAGCAAUGGGUUAAUAUUUAAGACAGAGCUAGCCAAUAAGAAAUAUUAGUAACUGGCCAACAGGUUUAUAACGAA